AUGAUCCAUCGAAACAUGAAAGCCCACGACUACAUUGUCAUUGUGAAAGAUAUCGAAAAAGGCUACGCUACCUUCAGCCAGUGGGACCAACUCAGCACAAACAUGGUCUUUGCGCUUCCAUGGCGACUUCUGCAGCAAUGUCCAGAUGGACUGAUACUAGACAAGCCCGAAACGGUAGAGAAGUUGGCCGAAAAAGAAGAGGCCUUGUCGGACUGGGACGACGACAACCGCGGCGUCCGGUGGGACGAAAAUUCAGGCUGGACGUUUAAGUCUCUAGAGAAGCCAGACGCACCUAGUACCGAAGAAGACACAUCUGAAGACUUUACUCCGCAACCGAGCCUCGCAGAUUCUGUCGAAGAGGAAGUCCUGGAAGGUCCCAAGGUGCCUGAGCUGCAAACGGAACACCCGUGA